AGAAGGAUUGAUUUAUUUUUUUGGUUGUGUCCCCCCUCCCCCCAUCCCCUCUUGCUGCUGCUUUAUGUGGCAUGGAAGGGGGGUGGGGUUCUUAGAAACCUUUGUAAGGAAUGCUGGUGAAACGCCUCCCAUCCCAGCAGGUGUCUGUGUAGGUGGGUGGAGGGAUCUUUUUGCCUGCUUCCCUCUCUUCCUUUGCUGGUGUCUUACCUCUCACUAUUCAUUCCAAUAUCCCAGGGGUUAGGGGGUUAGGGGUGGGAAGAGGCAUUUCUUUUUGGUUCUGCUUGUCAAUUGCUGCUUUUCCCAAUAAGUCCUACAUUCCCUUUAUGCAUCAGGUGCCUCCAAGGCAGACAGAGGUGCUGGGUGGGAGACAGAGCCAUAUAUCACAGCUGGCUUUAUUUCUUUUGGCACUGGGCUUUUUUUUUCCUUCUCUCUCCACACCAGAAAUCCAGCCAUCAAAGUAAAUUCCUCCUACCUUUGAUUCCCAUUAUCAGGAAAUAUCAGUUUCCACCCUCUUUCUGGUUGUGGCAUGAACAUCAGACCUGCCACGGAUUGGGUUAGACCCUAGAUCUGUUUCGCCCAAUAUCCUAUGUCCCACAGUGUCAGAGAGUGGAUGCUGAGAGGGAGAGUGAGCUGGAUCUCACCAGGGUUUUGCCCCUUUGUUCCUCCUUCACUUGCAGCCUCCAGCAUUGAAAGUCUGGGGAGUUCUGAUGCAGGGGCUGAGCCCCUCACUCCCUGCUCUGUGGUGCCCCUUUCCUCCAUAAUGUAUCCGGUCCCUUGGUGAAGUUGGCUAAACUGUCAGCUUCUACCACAUCUGUUGGCAACAAGAGACUUUGCGGGGGGUGGAACUCGCUGCAGUUAGUUUCAUAGUUUCAUAGUUGGUGGGUCAGAGGAGACCGAAGCAUAUCAUCAAGUCUGACCCCCUGCCAUGGGCAGGAAAGGAUGCUGGUGUCAGACGACCCUGGCUAGGUGGUUUUCUAGCCUCCAUUUGAAGACCCCCAGGGUAGGGGCGAGCACCACUUCCCUUGGAAGUUAGUUCUAGCUCCUAGCUGCCCUGACUGAAGUAGUGCCUCCUGAUGUCUAGCCUGAAUCUACUCUCAGUCAACUUAUGGCCAUUGUUCCUUGUUACUCCUGGUAGUGCUUGGAGAAACAGGGACUCUCCCAUUGCCUGCUGGUCCCCUUUGGCAAGCUUAUAGGUGGCCACCAGAUCCCCUCUUAGCCUUCUUUUGUGGAGGCUGAACAGGUUCAGGUCCCGUAGCCUCUCUUCAUAGGGCCUACCCUGCUGCCCCCUGAUCAUGCGAGUGGCCCUCCUCUGGACCCUCUCGAUGCUAUCCACAUUCCUCUUGAAGUGCGGCAUCCAGAACUAGAUGCAGUACUCCAACUGCGGCCUGACCAACGUCGCGUAGAGGGGGAGGAUCACCUCCUUGGACCUGCUCGUGAUGCAUUUAUGGAUGCAUGACAAGGUACGGUUAGCCUUCCUGACCGUGUUCCCACAUUGGCAGCCCAUGCUUAUCUUGGAAUUAAUAGCGACUCCAAGAUCCUUUUCUGCCUCUGCUGACAAGAAGGGACUUCCCUAGCCUGUAGGUAUGCUGUUGGUUCUUCCUCCCCAGGUGCAACACCUUGUACUUGUCCGUAUUGAAACCCAUCCUAUUCUCAUCCGCCCACCUCUGUAACCUGUCCAGAUCUAGUUAUAGCCUGUCCCUCUCUUCUAGUGUGCUCACUCCUCCCCACAUCUUAGUUUCAUCUGCGAACUUGAACGAAGUGCUUUUCAACCCCUCGUCCAAGUUGCCGAUGAAGAUGUUGAACAGUGCAGGCCCGAGGACCGAGCCCUGGGGAACCCCACUGCCCACGUCCCUCCAGGUUGAAAAUGACCCAUCCACCACCACUCUCUGGGUGUGGCCCUCCAGCCAAUUUGUGACCCCUCUGACUGUGUAGGCGUCGACACCACAGUCGCCUAAUUUUUUAAUGAGGAUGGAGUGAGAGACAGUGUCGAAGGCCUUCCUGAAGUCCAAGAAGACUAUGUCCACCGCAACACCUGCGUCCAAGGCUUUUGUGACCUGGUUCUAGAAGGCAACCAGGUUAGGUCUGAACUUACAACCUGCUAGUUUCAUGUAAUGAUCCCUGGUUCUUGUCUGGUGAGAGACAGUCAAUAUAAAUCCCCAUUUGCUUUCUCUUCACAAUUUAGUGUUUUAGAAACCCUUCUCAUGUCCUCAAGCUUCUCUUUUUCUAAAUGGAAUAGGCUUUGUCUGUCCAUCUAUCCAGCCCAUUCUCUAUCUCUCUAUCCACCCCACAUACUCUAUCCCCCACACUCCAUCUCGCCAUCUAUUCAUCCCUGUCUUUCUCUUUACCGUUUAGUGUUUUGGAAACCCUCAUCAUGUCCCCACUCCAGCAUCUAUUUUCUACACUGAUAGACCUAUCUGUCCAUCUAUCCACCCCAUGCUAUCUAUUCAGCUGUCUGUUCAUCCCACUCUCUAUCGAUCUGUUCCCCCCCCCGGUCUUUCUCAUUAGCCUCUUUAGUCUCUCUUCAUGUGAAAGCUCAUCGACACUGGUAAUCAUCCUUGUCUCUGGCUCUUCUCUAGUUCUCUAUCCUUUUGGAGGUGUGGGGACCAGAAUUAGGCACAGUCUUCAAGGUGUGGACACAGCAUGGGUUUGUAAAAGGGCAUUACUUUUCUGUUGUGUUCGCAAUUUCCUUCUUCAUCAUCCCUAAUGUGUUUGACGGCUGCUGAGCACAGAGCUGAUGUUUUUAGCAAACUGACCACAGUGACUCCCAGGUCUCUUUCCUGUGUGGUAACAGCUCAUGUACAGCCCAUGAUAGUGUAGUUAUAGCUUGCAUUAUUUUUACCUGUGUGUGUUUUCAAGGUCUCCUCAGUCAUAUUAUUUCCUAAAAUGUCUUGGCUAUAUCACAGCCUCUGGGGCAGCAUUCAGUGCCUUCCUGGGGUGCCCAAUUGCUCUCUCCCCCGUUGUUGCUACAUGUGUCAGGGUGUUUUGAAGCCUCCAUCAGAGGCAUUGGGUAUUGGCUGCAGACCAGGCUGAGGCUGUUGACCAGGUUGGGCCAGUGCUCCUGCUGGGACUCAAAUCUGGAGGAUCUUGGCUAGAGGGUCUUAGCCCUCCACUCAGGGUGAAACCAGCAUUGUAUUUGGGGAUCAGGAAGGAAUUUUACCCCCUGGUCAGAUUGGUACAGACUGGAGAGGGUUUGCCUUCCUCUGUAGUGGUGGUACAGCCUUUGUCAGAUCUCUGGAGCAUAUAUUGAACAACCUAUUACAUCAGCAGGACAUUGGCUGCUAUGGUAUUCCUGCUUUCCCUGUGUCAGGUUUGGGUGUGAUGUCUGGUGUUGUGUCAGGGUGGACAGUAGUUUUAUAAAGAAUUUAGAUGAUGGAUUUGUAUAAGAUGGUUUGUAUAGGGCUGAUGCUGCCUCAAGCAAAGGGUUGGUCUAGAUGUGGCAUCUAUAUAUCUAUAGCUGGCUAUAACUAUCUGUCUAUUUAUAUCUAUGUCUGCAUAAAUCUAUGUAGAUAUAUCAACGUGUGUGUGGGUGUAUGUGUAUACACAUAUAGAGAUUAGAUAUACCUACAUAAAUCUAUGUAGGUAUAUCUAUUCCCUACGUAUCUAUCUAUCUGUAGCUGUAUUUCUAUCUAUAUCUACAUAGAACUAUGUAGACAUGUGUAGAUAUGUGUGUAUUUGUAUACAUAUAUAGGAGUUAUAUAUUUACGUUGAGUGAUCAUAUGUCCCAUUUUAGCUGGGCAGCCCUGUAUUUCAGAGGUUGAUCCCAGCUGGCUGUUGGGAAUUGUAAUGGGCAUUCUGGAAAUUCAGAGGCAUGGGGCACAGUUUGGCUGGGAGUUGGAGUGGCGUGGAAUGCCUUGCAGGUGGGCACGCAGGAAUUGCUGCCUGCCUGAAAUGCAGCCCCACCCCUGCAUGGGGGAGGCAGGGGGAACAAUAUUUGAGAUUUCCCAGAUGAUGUCCCAGAUUUCUGGGAUUUCCAUAUGGUCAUGUAGGGGUUAGAUAUAGCUGUGUGUAUACAAGUCUGUCUACAUAGAGUCUCUGUAUAUCUACAUAGAUAUAUGUAUGUAGAUAUAUCUAACCGCUAAAUAUCUGCAUCUAGGUUAGGCUUGUCCAACAUAUGGCCCGCGGGCCGCCAUGCGGCCUGCCAAGCCAUUUUCUCUGGCCUGAGGCCACUUGCUUGGGACAGGUGAGGAGUCCUGGUGCCUGCUCUGUGCUCCAUGGUGGCGGUGGCGGUGAUGGGGCAGCAGAGAGGCGGGCAGGGCCAGCCCAGCAGCGAGGGGAAGGGGGGAACUGCUUACCCCUGCGGGGCCGGACUUGUCACGUGAGCCAGGUCCCCGAGGGCUGCGCGGCACGGGGCUGCCCCAGCCGUGCCUGACUGGACAAGCUGGGCAGCGCCUGCAACUUCUCCUCUGGCUCCGCCCCUUGCCCCCGGCGCGCAGCCGGGGGAGCUGCAGCAUGGCUCAUGCCCUGCCCGCGUGCGUGAUGAAUGGAGGCACCAGGUUGCCAUGGGGACGCUCCAGUAGGAAACCAAUGCUGCUAACAUCACGAUGCACCCGGCAUUGUGAAGGGAAAACUGAGCAAACACCCUCCCCUGGGUUCCCUGGAGGGGCCCACAUGGUUAGUCAUGGCCACAGACUCCGGCGCAGAAGAGCCUGAGAAGCCCCAAAGAGGUGUCUCCUUGGAAGGCGACAUCCUCAUGGCAGAGACCACUUUGACCAUGGAGGACAAGGAGCCUGCCCACUCCCUAGCUUCUGGUGGGGGCCCUAUGGAAAGGAAGCGCUUCUUUCGCAAGAGUGUGGAGAUCACGGAGGAACGAGACCAGUUGGGGCCAGGUGCCCAGCCAGAAGAACAUUUCUCCACUGGCCUUCUCCCAGCUGGACAGGAUGCCAAGAGUGAGCCAGGCCCCAAAGCUGCUUCAGAGCCCCCUAAGGAGAAGACCAAAAAGGAGAUUGAGGAGGAGGCAGAGAUGAAAGCUGUGGCCACCUCCCCUGGUGGCCGGUUCCUCAAGUUCGACAUUGAGCUGGGCCGCGGGGCUUUCAAGACAGUCUUCAAAGGGCUGGACACAGAGACGUGGGUGGAAGUGGCAUGGUGCGAACUUCAGGACAGGAAGCUGACCAAAGCCGAACAGCAGAGGUUCAAGGAAGAAGCAGAGAUGUUGAAAGGCUUGCAACACCCCAAUAUUGUCCGCUUCUAUGACUCAUGGGAGUCCACAGUGAAGGGGAAGAAGUGCAUCGUCUUGGUCACUGAGCUUAUGACAUCUGGGACACUGAAGACGUACUUGAAGCGCUUCAAAGUGAUGAAGCCCAAGGUCCUGAGGAGCUGGUGCCGGCAGAUCCUGAAAGGGCUUCACUUCUUGCACACCCGCACACCCCCCAUCAUUCAUCGGGACCUCAAGUGUGACAACAUCUUCAUUACAGGCCCCACAGGCUCGGUGAAGAUUGGGGACCUGGGGUUGGCCACCCUGAUGCGCACGUCUUUUGCCAAGAGUGUUAUUGGCACCCCUGAGUUCAUGGCACCGGAGAUGUAUGAGGAGCACUAUGAUGAGUCGGUGGACGUCUAUGCCUUUGGGAUGUGCAUGCUGGAGAUGGCCACAUCAGAGUACCCAUAUUCAGAGUGCCAGAACGCUGCCCAGAUCUACCGCAAGGUCACCAGUGGUAUCAAACCAGCCAGUUUCAACAAAGUGACUGACCCCGAGGUGAAAGAAAUCAUUGAAGGCUGCAUCCGUCAAAACAAGUCAGAGAGGUUAUCCAUCAGGGACCUGCUGAAUCAUGCGUUCUUUGCCGAGGACACAGGGCUGCGGGUGGAGUUGGCCGAGGAUGAUGACGGAGUCAUGGCCUCACUUGCUCUCCGCCUCUGGGUGGAAGACCCCAAGAAGCUGAAGGGGAAGCACAAGGACAAUGAAGCCAUCGAGUUCAGCUUCAACCUGGACAUUGAUGUCCCUGAAGAGGUGGCCUACGAGAUGGUGAAAUCAGGCUUCUUCCAUGAGAGCGACUCCAAGGCUGUGGCCAAGUCCAUCCGUGACCGUGUCACUCUGAUCAAGAAGACGCGGGAGCGGAGGCACAUGGACUACCUGGAGGAGCACCGGGACUCCCAGGGUGGCAAACCCACCCCACCCUUCUUCCACCCCCUGGGCAUCUCCCUCAUCCAGCCAGUGGGCAGCGAAUGCGAGGAGACAGAGGUGGAUCAGCACGUGAGGCAGCAGAUGCUUCAGCAGAUGCAGCAUCGUUCUUCCGUUACCGCUGACAGCCUGUCUGAGAAUGGUGCCGGCUCCACUAUCCUAUCAGAUGCCUCUGGCCAGCUCAACAUGGCUGCCUAUGCCUCAGAGCCCAUGAUGGAGCCAUCACAGAUCCCAUCAAUGGACCCUGGCCUGCAGGGCCAUCUCUACCAGCCGCAGCCACUCAUGGGGCACUAUCAGCAGAUCGCCGGGGUACAGCCCCCACAGCUGUUGCCUCUGGCACAGCCCCCAGGGCUGCCUCCCCAAGACCUAGCCCUUCCACCAGCCCCCCAGCCCCAGGUCUCGCCUUUGGCUGCCCAGCCAUUACCACAGAUGCUGCACCUGGACCUUCAGCUGCCCUAUGGGGCGGAGGACCCACCAGCGAUCAGGAUGGCUGCCUCACCACAGGUUGACCCUGCCGUCUGCCCUGGGAGCCAGCUGCUCACCAGGGACCCUGAUGGUGCUGUGGGGUUCCUGCCAGCUGGCCAGGCCCCAACCCCAUUUGUGGGCACAGCCCCACCACAGCUGGGGACAUCUAUGCCAGUACUGCAGCCAGGGACAUCCACACAACUGCCACAGCCAGUGACAUCCAUGCAACCACUCCAGCAGGCUGCCUUAGAGGUGGCCUCCAUUCAGCAGCAGUUGCAGCAAACAACAUCCAUGCAGCACCCUCAGGUGCCAUCAAAGCAGCAGCCCCAGCAGGUCCCCCCACAGGUGACAUCCAUGCAGCCACCCCAGCAGGUCCCCCUGCAGCUGGAAGCUGUGCAGCAGGUGACAUCAGUGCACCUGGCUCCUUCUGAGGUGACUUCAAUGCAGCAAACAGCUUCCAUGCAGCAUCCAGAGCAGGUUUCUCCACAGGUGACAUCCAUGCAACCACUGCAGCAGGUUCCCCAGCAAAUGGCUUUGAUGCAGCCGACGCAAGUGACGUCUCUGCAUCUGCACCAGCAGGCUCCGUCUGAGGCUGCCUCAGUGCAGCGCCCCCCACAGGUGCCCCCACAUGUGACUUUGCUGCAGCCAGCAGCAUCCUUGCAACAGCUGCAGCCUGUGAUGUUGGUGCAGCCACCCCCUCAGGUUCCCUCCAAGGUGGCCUCAAUGCAGCCAGCAUCCUCCAUACAGCAGGUGGCCUCCAUGCAGCACCUGCAGCAGGUUUCUCAGCAGGUCACAGCCAUGCAGCAGCUGCCUCCUGGGGCAUCCAGGCAGCAGUCCCAGCAGGUUCCCACCGAGGUGCCCUCCAUGUAUCACCCUGAGCAGGUUCCCCCGCAGAUGAUUUCAAUGCAGACAUUGCAACCAGUGACAUCCAUACAGCUGUCCCAGCAGGUUCCCCAGCAGGUAACAUCAGUGCAACUGCUGCAGCCAGGGGCAUCCAUGCAGCCACCCCAGAAGGUUUCCUCUGAGAUGGCUUCAAUGCAGCCAGCAGCUUCCAUGCAGCUGCUGCAGCAGGUUCCCCAGCAAGUGGCAUCUAUGCAGGCGUUGCAGCCAGUGACAUCUAUGAAGCUGCCUCAGCAGGUUCCCUCUGAGGUGGCCUCCCUGCAGCACCCACAGCAGGUUCCCCAGCUGGUGACAUCCAUACAGCCACUGCAGCCAGGAACAUCCAUGCAGCUGCCCCAGCAAGUUACCUCUGAAGUGGUCUCCAUGCAACACCCACAGCAAGUUUCUCAGCACAUGGCAUCCCUGCAGCAGCUACAGCCGGUGACAUCCAUGCAGCCACCCCAGCAAGCUGCCUCCAUGCAACAGCAGCUGCAACAAGCAGCAUCCAUGCAGCACCCCCAGCAGGUCCCCCAGCAAAUGGCCUCGAUGCAACCACUGCAGCCAGGGACAUCCAUGCAGCUGCCCCAUCAGGCCCCUCUGCAGGUGGCUUCCCUGAAGCCACAGCAGCAGAUUCCCCAGAAAAUGGCUUUGAUGCAGCCCCUGCAAGUAUUGUCAUCCAUGCAGCCACCCCAGCAGGUUCCCUCUGAGGUGCGAGCAAUGCAGCCAGCAGUCUCUGUGCAGCAGGUGGCCCCCACACAGCACCCCCACCAGACUCCCCAGCCAGUGCCAUCCAUGCAGCAGCUGCAACAGAUUCCCCAGCAAGUGGCUUUGAUACAGCAGCCCCCACAAGUCCCUCCGCAGGUGACUUCACUGCAGCCGGUGACAUCCAUGCAGCUGCCCCAGCUGGCUCCCCCCGAGGUGGCUUCCAUGCAGCAGGGAGCAACAGUGCAGCAGCAGCUGGUAUCCAGGCAGCCACCACAGCCCAUGACGUCCAUGCAACCGCCGCAGCUGGCUCCCGCUGAGGUCACAUCAGUACAGCCAGGGGUACCACCGCAGCCAGCAACCCCCCAGCAUGCGGCUUCCCUGCAGCCACCCCAGCCAUAUGCCUCACCACCACCCAGCUACAUCCCAGCCCAGCAGGACCUGGCACCACUGCACCCAGUUCAGCCUGUGUACCCCUUCCCCAGCCACCUAAGCUAUCCUGUGCCUGGCCCGUAUGCUGGGCAUCCCCCACAGGACUAUGUACGGGUGACAAUGCCAGAGCUGCCCCCCAUGCACCCUCCACAGCAGCCCCUAGACUUAGCAGGGCUCCGACAAGGCUCCCAGCACUUCCAGCUGCUGCCCAAGACCCCUCAGGCCUUCAUCACUGCCCCAGGGCAACCGUGCUACGUACCCCUGGGGCAGCCACAGCAAGUGCCCCUGGGUCCUGUGGCCACCCUGAUGCCCCAGGAGGUGGGAGCCUGCCCGAUGACCCCCAGCCCCCGGCGCUCUCAGGGACUGGAGCCUGUGCAGGUUUCACAGCUUCCUUUGGCUCCGGAUCUGCCACUGGCUGCCCCCAAGCCAGAUGUGGCCCAGGGGGUGACCUCUGACUUCAUUGCCCUAAAAGAGAUGACCUUGAAUGAUCCCCUAGGAGGGAACGGCAAGCAAGACCGGAGCAAACAGAGGCGGUCUUCUUGCCCCCGGCCUGACAAGACCACCAAGUUCCAGCUAACAGUCCUCCAGGUGUCCAUGUUGGGUGACAACACAGUGGAAUGCCAGCUGGAGACCCACAACAACAAGAUGGUCACCUUCAAGUUUGAUGCAGAUGGGGAUGCACCCGAGGACAUUGCUGACUACAUGGUGGAGGACAACUUUGUGUUGGAAGGCGAGAAGGAGAAGUUUGUGGAGGAGCUCCAGGUCGUCGUGUGUCAGGCUCAGGAGAUCCUCCGCACAGCCGGUGUUGAGGCACCACCUUCAGAACCCAGCGGGGGCCAGACAGGUUCAUCUGAGCAAGCCCAGGCGCAUCCCGUGGCUGCCCAGUCCGGCAAUGAGUGCGCACCCCAGUCAUCCCCUGUCGGCCGCUGGAGGUUCUGCAUCAACCAGACCAUCCGGAACAGAGAGGCUCACGUACCUGGUGUCCCCCAGCCAAUGACUGCGCCUAUCCCCAUGCCCCAGCCCCUUCCUGGUGUGGACAAGGAGGGUGCUAAAGACACGUAUCCUCCUCCCCGGGAAGAAUCAGAAGACCCUGUCACCAGCCCCAAGAUGCCGGUUAUGCCCUUGAUGAUGGAGCCUCUAGUGUCUCUGCUUGCUGAGCCUGGUGAUCCCCAGGCACCCCCUGAGGCCUUGGGCACUGAUCUGGCCCUCCCAGCCCCAUCUGAGUCGGAUAGCGAGGGCCCCCCCAAGAUGGACUUUGCUGACAACCGCAUGAAGACACUGGAUGAGAAACUGCGGACCCUGCUGUAUCCAGAACACAGCUACUCAGAGAGCCAGAAGGACAGCCAUAGCCUGGAGUCGCCCUUCUCCUCCUCUGCUGAGGACACCUUGUCCUGCCCUGCCCCUCCAGACCCCUUGGCCGACAGCCCCACCUCCCCGGGCAUGCAGGGGGCGGAGAUCUCUGAGGACUACCCACUACCCAGUGGGGCCGCUGUCUUCCCAGAGCUGAUGGUGGCUAUACCCAGCACUCCCAGCCUGGAUACAACCCCCCUGGAUGCCCCCAGCUCGCCAGAGCCUGUGGAGACCAGGUCGGUGCCUUGGUCCAGCCCAGAAGCAGUAGCAGCAGCAGCAGCAACACCACUGGCACCACCACCGGGAGGAGGAGGAGGUGGAUAUUUUGCCUUAAGCUUUACUUGCCCUAGCGUCAAAAACCCCAUUAGCAAGAGGUCGUGGACGCGCAAACUGAAAGGCUGGGCCACCAAGCUCCGCCACUCCACCAGCUUGCUCAAGAGAGCCCGAGCCCAGCCAGCGGAAGCAGAAGUGGUGGGGGUGGAAGUGGCCAGGGAGCAGGACCUGACAGAGAAAGAAGGAGUUGCGAAGUUGAGCGUGGGGGCUUUCCAAAAAGGGCGCUUCCAGGUGCUGGCAGUUCCCCAGCAGUGUCCCCUGGAGGAGCCUGGGGGGCUGUCACUGUCAGACGCCUCAUCAAUCACCCCUGAACGGGAGGUGGAGGAGGGCGGGGCAUUGGACCGCAAGGCACCCAGCUCAGACAGUGAGCUGUCGGCACCGCCCCCUGCCCCUGCGGCUGCCUGGCACUGCAGCUCCCUUGGCCUGUCGCCCUCCUCGGCUAUGAGCAGCGACGAUGAGUCCGACGCGGAGGACGAGGACCUGCGGGCGGAGCUGCAGCGCCUGCGUGAGAAGCACAUCCAGGAAGUGGUGACUCUCCAGGCUCAGCAGAAUCAGGAGCUGCAGGAGCUGUACAACCGCCUCCGUGUCCUGCGGGACAGCCAGCCUGAGGCACCUGAGCUGGCCCUGCCACCUGCCUCCCCCCGUCGUCCACGUUCCUUUAAGAGCAAGUUACGGACCCGUCUCCAAGCCCAGCCACACCCUGACAACUGCCUCCGUGCCUCAGAGCAGGCAGCAGGCGGACGGACAGGCACCUUCACUGAUGACCUGCACAAGCUGGUGGACGACUGGGCACGGGAGGCAGCAGGCACAUCUCUGCCCCGGCCCAGCCUCAACCAGCUACGGCGCGGCCCCUUGCGCCCUGACACAGAUGCCUGGGCCAAGGCUGCUGAGAUGCCGUCGGUGGCAACGGGCUAUGGCUCCCCAUGGCUCUGUUCCCUGUCCCCAUUCCGUGGGCCUGCCCCACCCCCACUGCCCCCUGGACUGGCCUUCCCGGGCCCCCCAGCCCCUGCUCCACCACCCCCUGGGGCCUGCCAGUACAAGGUCUACCCCCCAGCCUGGCCCCCUGGUACCCCUCAGCCCCUUGGCCCUGGCUUCCCCCACCUGCCUACACCCAAGUGAAGCCAGGAGGGGCCAAGCCCUGUGUUUUCCCCCCCCAUCCCCCUACCAGGACCCUGGACAUCAGAGCUGCCAGAUGCUGGAGCCGUUGUCUCCUCUCCCCCCAUCAUGUUGGGGUUGGAGAGAGGGAGGGGGAGCUGCUCCCCCCGCCCCCCAGUUUCUUCUAUCUGGUUCUUUGGGGUUGCCCCCCUUCAGGAGAUUGUGAGUUAAGGAGUCCCAUAUAGUUAUUUUGCAAAGGAUGCUGGGUAACAUGGCCCAACAUUGCUGUCCUUUGUCCGAGUGUUAUAGAGUCCAGGGUGGCUUGGCUCCUCUUGCAAGAGAUUCUGGGUAAUAGAGCUCAAUGGUGCUCACCCAACAACUAGCCAUCCUGCCAGUCAAUCCAUCAUCCAGCCCACCCACCAGCCAAUCAUCCAACCCAGCCAUCAGCUGACCAACCCAUCCACCGACCAGCCAACCAUUCAACCCACCAGCCAACCACCAGCUAACCAAUCCACCCAUUAGCUAACCAACCCAGCCAUCAGCCAACCGUCCAACAACCCACCCAUUAGACAACUAACUUACCAACUAAGAAGCAACUCGCCAGGCAGUCAUCCAACAAACCCACCCAGCAGCCAACCAACCAGCCCAAAAACACACACACCAGCCAACCAGCCACUCACCAGCUCACCUGCCACCCACAACCACAGCUGGUCCAACUAACCUAUCCAUCUUCCAACCAACUAACUCAUCCACUCACCAGCCUGCCCACCAUCCAACCCACUCACCAACUAACCCACCAGCCAGCUGCCAACUAACCCAUCCAUUCAUCCACUUACCAGCCUGCCAACAAGUGAACCAAUCCACUCACCAACCAACCCACCAGCCAACCAACGUACCAAGCAAUCAUCCAGUAAUUAACCAACCCACCAUUCAACUAGCCCACCCAGCCACCAUCCAACUAACAAACCCACCAGCCUGUUGACCAUCCAGCCAAUCUACCUACUCACCAACUAACUAACCCAGAAAGUCAUUAGCCAACCAACCCAACAAACAACCAAUCCACCAGCCAAGCAGUGCACCAAACCAUCCAAUAACCAACCAAACAAUGUCCCCUGCCAACCCACUAAACCCACCUGUUAACUAACCAGCCCACCCACCCACCAUCCAACCAGCCCAGCCAAUCAGCUCACCUGCCCACCAGCCAACCAGUGAACCCACCCAAUAUCCAACCAACCAACCCCACACCCAUUUUGUGUGCAUGUAGCUAUGUUGCUUCUGUAGGGAAAGGUCCAUGGGGUUGUGAAACCACCCGUCACCAGACUGGGCUGAGUUCUCCUAUGGCUUUUCCUCCUAUUCUUUCCACCCAGCCCUGACCUUCCCUCACCCUGAAACCAUGCAAUAUUGGGGGGUUUCACUUUUAUGUGCCUAUUUUUGAUGGUCUUUUGCUAUGACCAUUCUGGAUCAAGCUGGGGGUGGAGGCAUCAACCUUGUCAUGAACCUAUCACACAAAUCCCCAUCUAGUUUUGCUUCUAGUUGAGUCCCCCUGGGCCUGGGGGAGGUCAUUGGAUUUAUAAUCUCCCCUUUUUGCUUUUUGAUUUGAUCUACCUCAUUUAUUCCACGCCCCUCCCCCCCCCCCCCAGGUGGGGGGAUCUUCAGCCUGGUCUGGCUUUUCUCUCUCUUCCCCUACGUGAUCUCUUGGGGUUUUUGCUAAGGGUUGAAACAGCCUGUUUCUGAACUUCGGGAUCUCCUGACCAGACAGACAUGGUGUGCCAUUAAUGAGGAACCUUCUUUGAUAUAUUUCCUUGGUGGCUGGGAGAAAGAGAUCAAAACCAUGGGGUUGGAACAGAGAAAUACCUGUGAUCCUUCUUGGGCUGGGUUUGGAGAAUAGAUAGAUCCUCUCCUGACCAGGAGAGAUGGGUGAAGGCUGUGGCUUCAAAACAUAGGAAAAUAUAGGUGGGUUGGAUGUGGGGGAAUAUUUUUUUCAUCCCCACCCCUGGUCCUUGGAGCUCAAGACAGGGGAAGGCAGCAGCCUUAGAUCAACAAGGGGCAGAUCAGGAGGCAAAGGUUCACCCAGGAGCCUGAUGCCUUAUGGGCAAUUCCCAGUGAAAGCAGAGGCUGGCUUGGGUUGGAUGGGAGUGAGGAAGCCAUGGGUCUAAUGGGUUGGGAUCUUCCAGAUUCGGGUCUACCAAAUUGAGAUUUUCUAGGUUGGGAUCUUCCCAGGCUGGGUCUUUCACAUUGCGAUUUUGCAGGUUGAGAUAUUUCACACCAGGAUCUUCUAGGUUGGGAUCUCCCAGGUUGGGAUCUCUUGCAGGUCAGGAUCUUCUAGGCUGGGAUCUUUCUGGUUGGGAUUUUCCCUGUUUGUAAUCUCCCAAGUUGGGAUCUUCCCAGGCUGGAAUCUUCCAAGUUGGGAUUUUCCAUGUUGGGCUCUUCUAAAUUGAGCUCUCCAAGGGCUGGGAUAUGACAGGUUGGAAUCUUCCCAGUUUGGGAUAUCCCAGGCUGGGAUCUUCUCCUCCUUCUCCCUCCCAAAUGGGCAUCACUCCAAAUUUGCACCAGUGCCAUCUAAGCCCUGGGGGAAAAACUGCUUCACCUCUCCUUUCCCACCAUGCUGAGAGCUGUCAAAAGCUAUUGCCUGGUAUCCUGGCUGGCUACCACUAGAAACCAUGUAGGCCAGGACAUCCAAGGGAACCAUCUCCCCCCACCCCUUACUCUUUCCAUCAGUCCCUUCUAGGCCCAUUGCAGCAGUUUUGAUUGGUGGGGGGAAGGAUGCAGCUGGCUAUGGGUCCCUGUGGGCAGGGGGAAUUUUGGGACAAAAUGUAGCAUUUUGAGGCUGUUUUGAGUUGAGGCUGUUUUGAGUUCUGUGGUUUCCUCUUGGGCCAGGCUGGGUUUGGAGGGGGAGGGGGGGGUGCAGGGAGGGGUUGCCCCAAUGGUUUUGGGUUGGGGGGGUUUCCAACCUGUGAGUUGACUUUGUUUGUACGUGAAGCAUUAAUGAGCCUCAUCAUUUUAAUUUUAUUUUUUUGGAAGAUGCGUGACAAAAAAAAAAGGACGGGACAAUAAAGGCUGCAUUUCAAAGAA